AUGUCGCCUCAACCCUCCGUCAUGAACGGUGCCUCCAGAUCUCCGGCUCUUCAGGGAAACAAAGUUCUUCCGAAACAGCAAUUGAAGACAAACUCGGCGGGAAAGAGUCUGGAUGGUGCUCGUAAGCAGGCCGCGAGUCCGGUGGAUGCCGCUGCGAGGAAAUCUCCUGCUCCCAAGGCUUGGUCUCAAGGCACAAAUCCCAUCACCCAACGCUUCAAUGCUGCCUCUCCCGCUGUCAAUGGCCUCUCGAAUGGUGCGACCAAGAACGCUUCGUUCAAGCCCCAGCAAGACACCGGUACAUCGAAGAAGCAGGCUUCGGAGAAGUUCGCUUUCCUUAUCGCAAACUAUACCGGUCUGGAAGUUGCUCUGUGCCUCAAGAAUGGUGACAAGUUCAGCGGUAUCUUCUCUGCCGACUCAAUCACCUCUUCUGAUUCUCGCGUCAUUUUGAAAUACACCAGAAGGGCAACUCAGCAUGUCAACGGCGCGACUGAUCAAUCUAACGAUUACGUGGGCGAGGGUGAACACCACGUCAAGACAUUCGGUUUCCAAGAUGUUCUGGACCUCUCGGUCAGCAACCUGUACCUGUCGGCUCCCGAAGCAAAAGCCCAGCAGCCCAACGCUCCUUCCUUCCGUACCGACGUCGAAAUCUCGGGCAACCUCAACAUUCGUGAGCGUGAGCUUCAGCCUUGGCAGCCGAGCGCAGACACGGCUAUCGACAUGUCGCUCGAAGACUCUACCCGUGCAGGAGAAUGGGAUCAAUUUGCUGCGAACGAGGCCCUUUACAAUGUCAGAAGCGACUAUGACGAGAAUCUAUACACGACCGCCAUCAACAGAUCUGACCCGGAUUACAAACGCAAAGCUGCCGAGGCCGAGAGAAUCGCUCGUGAGAUUGAACGUAGCGCUCCCGUGAACUCUCAUGUCGCAGAGGAACGUCGUAUGAAUGCCGAGAAGGAUGGCGGCCUUGACGAGGAAGAAAGAUACAGCGGUGUUCGUCGUGAAACCAACAUCACCUCGCUUCUGAAGCAGGGCGCACCCAACGCUUAUGUACCCCCAUCCCGCAGGCCCAUCACCAGCCAACCCACUGUUCCCGGUGCUCCGUUUGACCCGGCCAUUGUCUCGGUCGCCCGUCCUGGUCCAUCCACGGCCACAAACUCCGACAGUCAGGCUGCUUUGUCCACGCAGCAAGAGCAGAAGUCGCAGGAUGAGGCAAAGGCAGCCACUACUUCAAAAGAGGCUCCGGCGGCGGCACCAUCAUCGACUUCAGUAUCUGCUUUGCCUACUGCGACCUCGUCUAGAGAAGCAUCGACCACCGACGCCAAGCCCGCUGCUUCUGCAGCCACGCCUGCCACGAGGUCUAUUCCCUCAAUCAACGCUGGCAAAGGUGCUACCGAGGGUGUUGAACGCAAGGUCUUGGACUCCUUUAAGCAGUUCUCAAACGCCGAAAAGAUGCGCGUACAACAGCACCAGCGUGUCUCCCAGGAACGCCAGCGCGCAAGUGCUCGCCAGGAGAAGUCGGUCAAACUCAACGAUCUCAAGAAGUUUGCCGAGAACUUUAAGCUCUACUCACGUGUGCCUGAAGAUCUUGUUCCCAUCCUCGCCAAGACAAAGGAGAAGCAAAACUUGAUCGUCACAAAGGCUGAGCUGCAAGCUCGUGAAAAGGAGUCGAAGGUCACCUCUGCCGAAGCUAGUCCUGCUCCGGCCGCGCCUGUCAAGCCAGAUGGCACUACGACCGAGGCCAGCAAGACGCAGGCUACAGGCCAAGCAGCGAGACGACCCGAUGCUUCGAAUGAGCCCAGUUCUCCUCUGAGUCAAAGACAACGCUUGGCUCAGAACACGCGUCAACCUCAACCGAUGCCUCCGCGUGGGCCUGGAGUACCGCACGGUAUCCCAGCCAGGCCGUCUCAGCAGUACAGAGCACCUAUGGCCAACAUGCAGGCUCCCACUCCUAUCCCUCCACCAGAAAUCCGUUCCCCUCCCACCGGACCUGCCUCUCGUGAGGUCACUAGUCCUUCAGCUGCCUCGGCUAGGCUCAACGUCAAAGCUAUGGAAUUCAGACCAAAUCCAUCGGCGAGCGCUUUCACCCCAACAUCACCAACCAAGGCGAUCCCUCAGCCUGCUGAGCGUCCUAGCAUUUCGGCUGCGCCAUCGCCGGCCAAGUUCUUCUCUCGAAAGAGUGAGAAGCCGCUGUCUGAACGCACUCCCCUGAAGGAUGCCUUCAACCCAGUCAAGUACAUGCUCGAGACCACUGCCGCCGAGAACAAAACCGAGACUUUUGCUUCCAACGGAGGCAUCCCACAAGCGUACCGUACCCCACCAACAUGGGAAGUCGCUGAUGCCAACAAGGACAAGACAUACCGUGACAUGUUUACACGGAGUCCAGUGGCCACUAUCCCACCUAUGCACACUCCCACUAACAGUGUCAUGGCACACUCUCACCAACUUCCUCCGCAUCUACAGAAUGGUCCCCAAGGUCAAACUCCGCGUUUCUAUCCUCCUCAACCUCAUCACCCUGGUCAACACUUUGACGAACAUCGUAUGCAGUAUGGCUCAAACACACCAUCCGUCCAGCCGUCCCCUCGCCUACCUCCUGUAAUGGCCUAUGGCCCACAGAUGCACCCUCAGAUGCAGCACUUCCCAGCAGGUAUGCCACCUUAUGGUGUGAUGCGACCUCAACCAUUUGGCAGUCCACAGGGUCCGCCUAUGGGUGGUCACAUGAUGGUCCAACAAUCAUCAAACGGACCUUUCAUGAAUGGAUCAAUGGCUCAGCAGGUACCAAUGUAUGCCUCACCCGUCCCUGGUCAUGCGCAACCCCACUUCCCGGGCCAUCCCGCACCUCAAGCCGGUCCCGGGUUCGGCCGCGGACAUCCCAUGAGUCACCAGGGCUCCCAACAAGGACACCCCGGACAAAUGUAUAUGCAAAUGCCGCCUUCUGGACCCAUGAUGAUGCAGCAGCAUCUCGGACAGAUGCAGUCGAUGAGGAACUUCGCUCAGGGACAAUAUCCAGGUGGACCUCAAGGUCAGCACGGCUACCCUAUGCAGCACCGCGCCAUGUCGAACCAGAGUUACAACCACAAUCAGAUGACGCCUCGUCAACACCAUGCUGCUCCUCAGCAAGGCCCAAGCCCUAGUAUGCCACCAAUGCAUCCUGCUGGCCAAGGAGAUGAGGGCAAAUGA